GAUGGCACCACUAGCACAGCUGUUUUUGUUUACUUCUGCGCGGCAUAUUAUCCAAUAGUUUUUAAUUAUGUUUUAUGGCCAGAAACUAGUCAAUAACUUUUAUAAAUACAAGAGAAAAGCGUGGCAAAGUGUGUGCCCCAUAAUCAAACGUUGUAUAACAACCCGCGAGCCGCCUAGAAUUCUGUUUUUCGGCACAGACAACUUUUCGUUGCCCAGUCUUCAGGCACUUCACAAGAAUUGCAGUCACAACUUGGGCGUGGUAACGUCCUUAAAGAGUCCCGCCAACUGUGUGCGAAGCUAUGCGGAGCGGCAGAAACUCCCCUUGCAGCGGUGGCCCAUCGCAGAGCCUCAAUGCGCGGACUACGAUCUGGGCGUUGUGGUCUCCUUUGGUCACAUGAUUCCUGCGCACAUCAUUAAUGCCUUUCCGCUCGGAAUGAUCAAUGUGCAUGCCAGCCUGCUGCCUCGCUGGAGAGGAGCUGCACCCAUCAUCUACGCGAUUAUGAGGGGCGAUGCGAGCACGGGCGUUUCCAUAAUGAAAAUUGAGCCACAUCACUUUGAUAUUGGUGCUGUUCUGGCACAGCGUGAAGUUCCUGUUAGAAGGGAUAUCUACAUGCCAGAGCUCUAUGCCUCAUUGGCGCUUUUGGGCGCUGACUUGCUGGUGGAUACUGUGAACAACUUGUCCGACAGGCUGAAGAAUGCCAAGCCACAGGAAAAUGCAACUGCCAGCUAUGCUCCCAAAAUCACAUCCAAAGUGACAGAAGUACUGUGGACAGACCACAGCGCCGACGAGUUGUAUGCCCGGCAUAGAGCUCUGUAUGGCUACAAAAAUCUUACGACAAGCUUUCUGGACAAGCACAUACAACUGCUGGAGCUGCGCUUGCCUGAGAAGCAGCUGGCGGUGCAGGCACCAGGCCAUUUCAGCUACCAACGCUCGAGGAAGUCUCUGCUGAUAGGCUGUGCCCAGGGCACGCAGCUGGAAGUGCUGCAGCUGCGCGUGGAGGGACGCAAACCAAUGAGUGCCAUGGAUUUCAGCAAUGGAUUCCUGAGGCAAGCGAGCUCGUUGCAGUUUACACACAAUAAACAAGUUGCCUGUUGAUAACGAAGUA